AUGAGCGGUCACAUUCCUCCUGCUCCGAGGAGGAACAGUGUGCACAAACGGCCUCCGCCAAUGUCGAACAAGGCCGUAAACGGAAUCACAAGCGAACCUCCUAGCAAGGCUUCUUCUCCGCCUCCUCCUGAGCUUGAUGAGCAAGAAAGGACAGUGAGGAAGCUUAGAUUGUCGAAAGCCCUCACGAUACCCGAGGGGACUACCGUUUUUGAUGCAUGUAGACGCAUGGCGGCUCGGCGGGUUAAUGCUGUUUUGUUGACUGAUUCGAAUGCUUUGCUUUCGGGAAUCAUGACUGACAAGGACAUUGCUACUAGAGUUAUAUCUGAGGGUUUACGAACAGAUCAGACGCUAGUGUCAAAAGUGAUGACUAUGAAUCCCACAUUCGUGACGUCAGAUACUCUGGCGAUUGAUGCCCUUCAGAAGAUGAUCCAAGGUAAAUUUCGGCACCUCCCUGUUGUGGAAAAUGGAGAAGUCAUUGCCAUAUUGGAUAUCACUAGAUGUCUUUAUGAUGCCAUAUUUAGGCUGGAGAAGGCUGUUGAGCAAGGGAGCGCUAUUGCUGCCACAGUUGAAGGUGUUGAAUGCCAAUAUGGUCCAAAUGCUUUGAUGGAUACACUGAGAGAGCACAUGUUCAAGCCUUCCCUAUCAACUCUAAUAAGUGAAGAUACAAAGGUUGCUUUUGCAUCGUUAGCAGAUCCUGUCUACGUAGUUUCAUUAAAGAUGCGGGAGUUGCGUGUUAAUUCAGCAGUUGUUGUGUCACAGUCAGGAACCAAGAUUCAAGGAAUAUUGACUUCAAAGGAUCUCCUUAUGCGUGUUGUGGCCCAAAAUCUUUCUCCUGAGUUGACUCUAGUGGAAAAUGUGAUGACUCCAAACCCAGAUUGUGCCACCCUAGACACAACAAUUGUUGACGCACUACAUAUGAUGCAUAAAGGGAAGUUCUUGCAUCUUCCUGUUGUAGACAGAGAUGGAUAUGUGGCUGCUUGUUUGGAUGUUUUGCAGAUAACUCAUGCAGCGAUUUCGUUGGUAAGUUUUAGUAGCACUGGAGCUGCUAAUGAUGUAGCGAAUACAAUUAUGCAAAAGUUUUGGGACUCGGCUCUUUCUUUAGAGCCACCAGAAGAUUCUGACACUCAUAGUGAACUUUCUAGCCACAUGACAGCAGAUGGCACAGAGAGAGGGAAGUCUCCUGUGCAACACAUAGACUUGGGAAACACAUUUUCCUUUAAACUUGAGGAUCUCAAUGGUCAUGUGCAUCGAUUCAACUGUGGUACCGAACAUCUAGAUGAGCUUGUAUCCAUAGUCAUGCAGAGAGUUGAACUUAAUGACGAAGAACAACGUCCUACAAUAUUGUACGAGGAUGAUGAAGGUGAUAGAAUUAUUCUAGCAACGGAUCAUGAUCUUGCUACUGCUGUCGGCUAUGCUAGAUCUUCAGGAGCAAAGGCUGUAAAGUUGCAUUUGGUGUUAGGCAAUCCAACCAAAUCAGAACCACGACCACCACAAUCUGAUACAACAACUACUACUACAACAGUAACACAGACUCGUAGUUCUUCUCUUUCCAUGCGAUCUAGUAUUGUUGCAGGUGCGAUUGCUGUAACUAGCGUUGGUGUGUUUGUCUACUUAAGGAGCUGCAGAAAGUGA